AUGACGCAUGAAAACGUGCACAAACGUACUUUUUCGAAGGACAAUCUCAAAAGCGCAGCUACGGUUGCAGGUGGCUAUCUCCUUUUCUCCGUAGCAGUGUGGUCCGUAUUUGCCAAUCCCAGGAGACAUGAAUGGGUUGAUGUCCUCAUGGAUUAUUGUAACCACAGGAGAUCACAGUACAGCGGAAUUUGGGCGAAAUUUUCUAGAAAACGUUGA